ACCUUUCUUUACGCUAGAAAGAACCACUUCACUCUAGUUUUAUAAGAUAAACGAGAGAUCAAAAUGUAUUUCUUCGUGUGUUUUGCUUUGUUGGUUGUAUCUUGCAGUGCUCAGGUUCAAUCUUCGGGUGCGGAUGCCAUUUGCAAAACUCGGAAUGCAUACCUGAAUGUAGACGGUAAUUGCGAUUCCUAUAUCGAGUGCCGAGACUACCACGCCAUAAACAAAGAAUGUCCAGACGGUCUUCACUACAACGCUGAUGUUAAAUGGCCAAAUUACCCUUGCGGUUAUCCUGCAGAUGUGCCUUGCAAUGGACGGUCAAUCAUACAGAUGGCACGGUCCACACACGACUGCCCGCAUCAAUUUGGCUUCUUCCCGUCUCCAAAGAACUCCCCCACUGAUUGUGGCCACUACUUGAUGUGUGCCGACGGUAAGCCCAAUGAGAUGUACUGCCCAACAGGCCUUGCGUUCAAUUUGGCAGUAUCCCGCUGCGACUGGCCAGAAAAUGUGCCCUCUUGUAAAGCCUCUGAAUUCCUUGGCUUCACGUGCCCCCCAGCAAUGUAUGAUCAAGAUGGGUAUCCCGUUGUCACAAACCACAAAUAUGAACAGAGCUGUUACGCAUUCUUCAUGUGUAUCUCUGGAAACGCUCGCCUGUUAUCCUGUGAUCCCGGUUUCGCCUUCGACCCCAUCAGCAGCCGCUGUCUUGAUGAAGACCUGGUGGCCUGCGAUAACAAAAUGACUCCAUAUUCUCUAAACGCUAGAGUAGCAUAAUAUAUUCCUUACCUUAAAUUUGCAUGAUGUCAUCAUAUACAUAUAUAUAUUUAAUAAAUACAUUUAAUUUCAAAACUUCUUUAAGUUAUUCGCUGUAUCAUAAACAUAUAAGUUUGAUGUUCUGUCAUUAAUAAGAAAAGGCACCAAAUUUUGUAUUUAUUUAUUUUUAAU